AUGGCCUCUGCCUGUGCUUCGUCAGCCAUUGCUGCUGCUGCUGUUUCCAUCUCUUCCUCAAGGCUGAUUGUGGGGGAAACUAAGGCUUGUUUGUUUGGAGGAAGAAAAUUGGGAGUGAGCAGUUUGACAGCAACAAAGAGCAGAAGAUCAGUGUGUGCUGCUGCUGUUGCUGAUCCCGAUAGACCACUGUGGUUCCCCGGAAGCACACCUCCCCCGUGGCUCGAUGGCAGCCUUCCAGGAGACUUUGGGUUUGAUCCUCUGGGCUUAGCAUCAGACCCGGAGAGCUUGAAAUGGAACCAGCAAGCAGAGCUUGUCCACUGCAGGUGGGCUAUGCUUGGUGCGGCCGGCAUCUUCAUUCCGGAGUUUCUAACGAAAAUAGGGAUCCUCAACACCCCAUCAUGGUACACUGCAGGGGAGCAGGAGUACUUCACCGACACAACCACCCUCUUCAUAGUUGAGCUAAUCCUGAUUGGUUGGGCAGAGGGCCGGCGCUGGGCCGACAUCAUUAAGCCCGGGAGCGUCAACACGGACCCCAUCUUCCCCAACAACAAGCUCACCGGGACGGAUGUGGGCUACCCUGGAGGUCUCUGGUUCGACCCCCUCGGCUGGGGCUCCGGCUCCCCACAAAAGAUAAAGGAGCUCAGGACAAAGGAAAUCAAGAAUGGGCGCCUCGCCAUGCUGGCAGUCAUGGGCGCCUGGUUCCAGCACAUCUACACAGGGACAGGCCCCAUAGACAACCUCUUUGCUCACCUAGCCGACCCAGGCCAUGCCACCAUUUUCGCUGCUUUCACCCCAAAAUGA